AUGGCGCGGACCAACUGGGAGGCCGAUAAGAUGCUCGACGUCUACAUCUAUGACUACCUGGUGAAGCGCAACCUGCAGGCCACCGCCAAGGCCUUCAUCGCCGAGGGCAAGGUCGCCACCGACCCCGUCGCCAUCGACGCCCCUGGCGGCUUCCUCUUCGAGUGGUGGUCCAUCUUCUGGGACAUCUUCCAUUCAUCCACCGCCAAAGCCUCCUCCACAUCCAACGCUUCUGCUGCCGCCGCCGCCUUCAUCGAUCACACCGCCAAGCAACAACAGCCCGCCGGGGCCGGGGCCGGGGCCGGGACCGUGGCGCCUCCUCCUCACCCCCUUCACGAUAUCAACAACAACAAGUCCAGAGAGCACCAGAUGAGGCUCCAGUUGCUGCACCAGCACAACCCCCACCUCCACACUACAAGAGAUGCUCCUCCUCCCGCCUCUAUCAAUGCCCUCAACUCCGAUGUCUCUGCUGUCCUCGCUUCCAAAAUGAUGCAAGACCGAAUCAGGAACCCCAACCCUAUCGACUCCGACGCCUCACAGCAUCUCCUAGACGCAAACAGGAUCGCCCUUCUAAAGUCACCACCACCUAGCCACACUGGGCCUAUGCCUAUGCAGCAGCAGCAGCUUCAUCCAAGAAACCAGCAACUUGACAUCAAGCCCGAUGUUGCUAUGCCACAAAGAAUGAUGCCUGCGGACCCUUCUUCCUUAUAUGCAGCAGGGAUGAUGCACCCAAAACCUGCAUUACUUGCCGCUGGACUAAAUCAAGGUGGUGUUGGGAGUGUGCCACUUAAAGGCUGGCCUCUAACGGUCCCAGGUAUCGACCAACUCCGGUCCAAUUUAGGUGUGCAGAAACAAUUGGUGCCAUCUUCGAACCAGUUCCAACUUUUAUCACCACAACAACAGUUAGUUGCUCAGGCACAAACACAUAAUGACCUUACCAGAAUGGGUUCUCCAGCACCAUCUGCUUCGCCGAAUGUUCGAUCAGAUGAUCCGGAUUAUUUGAUGAAGUUGAAGAUGGUUCAGAUGCAGCAGUCCUCAGGCCACAGGCCUAUGGAAUUGCAACAGCCGCAUCAGCAGAACACUAGAAAGCGGAAGCCAACUUCUUCUGGAGCAGCUAAUAGUACUGGCACGGGAAAUACUGCUGGGCCUUCUCCUCCAUCAACUCCAUCCACUCAUACCCCUGGUGGUGGAGUACCAGUGUCUAGCAAUGUUAAUAUUUUACAGAAGAGUUCAAUGAUUUGUGGCGUGGAUGCAACUGGUGGACUUGCCUCAUCCUCAAACCAGAUGGAUGCUUUGGAUAAUUUUGUUGAUUUUGAUGAAAAUGUCGACUCAUUUUUGUCGAAUGAUGAUGGAGACGGAAGAGACAUGUUCGCAGCAUUUGAAAAAAGGUCUUCAGAGCACAAUACCGAGUCCUUAAAGGGUCUCUCUUUGAGUGAAAUUGGUAACAACCGUACAAGUAACAACAAGGUUGUUUGCUGUCACUUCUCUUCAGAUGGAAAGUUACUAGCUAGUGCCGGCCAUGAGAAGAAGGUAUUCCUCUGGAAUAUGGACAAUUUUAAGAUGGAUACCAAAAUAGAAGACCAUACAAACUUUAUCACAGACAUAAGAUUCAGAACGAAUUCAACUCAGUUGGCUACAUCAUCUUCUGACGGAACUGUUCGACUUUGGAAUGCUGCUGAUGAAAGUGGCGCUUUACAAACUUUUCAUGGGCAUAGGUCGCAUGUAACAUCAGUAGAUUUUCACCCAAGAUUGACAGAGGUUCUUUGCUCUUGCGAGGACAACGGAGAAAUUCUCUUCUGGACAGUUGGUCAGACUACAUCUACUCAUGUUUUGCGGGUGAAGCAGGGUGGCACUGGAAGAGUCAGGUUUCAACCUCGAAGUGGGCAGCUCCUCGCUGUGGCAGCUGGAAGCAUGGUGAACAUUUUUGAUGUUGAAAAGCAAGCCAGCUUACCCUGCCCGCCAAAGGGUCACAAUAGUGAGGUAAACUGUGUGUGCUGGGAUGAAAAUGGUGAAUAUCUGGCAUCCGUAAGUCAGGACACUGUGAAAGUGUGGUCGGUAUCGUCGGGCAUGUGCAUUCAUGAGUUAAGAUCCAAUGGAAACCAAUAUCAGUCAUGCACAUUCCAUCCUAGAUACCCGAAAGUGUUGAUCGUUGGCGGUUAUCAGACGCUGGAGCUGUGGAGCUUAUCAGAUAACCAGAGAAUCUCAAUCCAGGCGCACGAAGGGCUGAUCGCUGCACUGGCACACUCCCCGUUCACUGGAAUGAUUGCCUCUGCCAGUCAUGACAGAUGUGUAAAGCUCUGGAAGUAG